AUGGACGAGUUGAUUGAGUAUUCUAGUUCUAACUGGCAGAGGUACGAUAAGGUGGAGGUGCGAAGGCUCAAGAUAGAAUUCGAAGCAAAGCACUUGCACUCUGCAGAGCAACUGCACGGUAUCGUCGGCACAGACUCGAGCCAACCCUUCGACAUGCGCGAUGUCAUCUCGCGUCUCGUUAAGUCGAUGGUAGCCCCUUCCACGAGUUCAAGAAGGAGUACGGUCCCAUCAUUGUCACGGGCUUUGCGAACGUCCAUGGGUACCCUGUUGGCAUCGUGGCCAACAAUGGCAUCCUGUUCUCACUCUCGGCGCUCAAGGCGACGCACUUCAUUCAACUCUGCUCUCAGCGCCGAGCGCGGUGGUAUCGCGAAGGACGGUGCGAAGAUGGUUCGCGCGGUGGCGUGUGCCGAUGUGCCGAAGCUGACCGUCGUCGUGGGCGGAAGCUUCGGUGCGGGUAACUAUGGGAUGUCUGGACGAGCAUACUCGCCUCGAUUCUUGUGGGUGUGGCCCAACGCGAAAGUCUCCGUCAUGGGUCCCGGUCAACUCAGCCAGGUUAUGCAGACAAUCUCCAAGGAUCCGUCGCGACAUGCAUCCUUGAAGGCAGAGAUCGAAGCUCAGGCGUCUGCGUACCAUGCCAGUGCGCGCCUUUGGGACGACCAUAUCAUCAAGCCUACCGAUACGCGCGACGUUGUGGGUCUUGCGCUCGCAUUGACAGCUCGCAAAUGCGGUACUUUCCGUCCGACUGCCUGGGAUGGAAGCGGUGCUGGCUUUGGGCUGUAUCGUAUGUAA